GCUCCGAUGACGGAGCAGUUUCUGAAGAGAUAAAAUAAACCGACUGGCUUCAAAACUUGCCAUUUCUCCUUGACUUGGAUGAAGAAUCUUUCAUCUCCAGCGUUUUCUGCAAAAUGGAUGUUUGUUCAAUCUUUCUAACUGCCCAGAGCCAAAGAAACUAUCUCGAAAAGACUAGUAUACGCAGAGGAUAGCAGUAACUCCCCACCCCACACAACACCCAUAUAUUGUAUUGCUAUUCAAAACAAAUACAUAUCCUUAGUUUACAUUACAUUUUUUAUAGAAAAAAUAUUUAUUGAAAGCAAAGCAUUCAUACUUAGAAGCUAUUUAUUUGUACACUAAGAUUGUGAAAAUGGAAUUGACGACUAUGGCAGGUUUUGUGUCCACUACUCUGGCGUCUCUGACUCCGGGGCCUCUGGAGGAUUAUCUCUGGUUGUUGGUAGUUGGCUUCAUCAUUGCAUUUGUCCUGGCGUUUUCUGUUGGUGCCAACGAUGUGGCAAACUCCUUUGGCACAGCUGUUGGCUCGGGCGUGGUGACCCUGCGACAGGCCUGCAUCCUGGCUACGGUGUUUGAAACGGUUGGCUCAGUGUUGCUGGGAGCGAAAGUGAGCGAGACAAUCCGCAACGGAAUCAUCGACGUCCAGAUGUACAACACCUCCCAGCAUGUAUUAAUGGCUGGGUCUGUCAGUGCCAUGUUCGGUUCUGCUGUAUGGCAGCUAUUUGCUUCGUUUUUGAAGCUACCCAUUUCUGGAACUCACUGCAUUGUGGGUGCGACGAUCGGCUUCUCCCUGGUAGCUAAGGGGCAGCAAGGGGUUAAGUGGUUGGAACUCCUCAAAAUCGUGGGUUCCUGGUUCAUCUCCCCUCUUCUAUCUGGCAUCAUGUCUGCUAUUCUGUUUUACUUUGUCCGCAAAUUCAUUCUACGCAAGAAGGACCCCGUACCCAAUGGGUUGCUUGCCCUACCUGUCUUCUACGCCUGCACUAUUGGAAUAAACCUCUUUUCCAUCAUGUUUACUGGAGCACCUUUGCUGGGGUUCAAAUUCCCUGUGUGGGGUAUGAUUCUGAUAACUCUGGGUUGUGCAGUGAUCACCGCUCUCAUCGUCUGGUUUGUCGUCUGUCCCAGAUUGAAAAGAAAGAUUGAACGAGAGAUUAAGUCAAGUCCUUCUGAAAGCCCUUUGAUGGAGAAAAAGAAUAGCGACUUGCACUGCCCAGUGCUGAAAUCUGACCCUGAGACUAAAGAUCCACCUUCAAAUGGGAUUUCUGUUGAAACCAAGAGCCCUGUGAUGGAGGGCGUCUGCACUCUCCUGCCUUCUAAGCCAGUGUCUGGGGAGCGGGCAGUCGCGUUCAACAUUGGGGAUUCGGAUGAUGGUGACGAGAUGGACAAGCUGCAGGAGGGAGACGAGAAGGAUACCAGCGACGACGUCCCCUGCAAUAAUAUGCCAGAGAAUGCAGGACGCGUACAAUUCAGGAAUGUGGUGAGCAGCCAUCUCCCCAGCAAUGGCUAUAGCCAGUACCACACUGUGCACAAAGACUCUGGACUCUACAAGGACCUACUUCACAAGCUGCAUCUGGCCAAGAUGGGCGACUGCAUGGGGGAGUCUGGGGACAGGCCCAUGAGGCGCAACAACAGUUACACUUCCUACACCAUGGCCAUCUGUGGCAUGCCUCUGGACCACUUUAAGCCCCGUGACAGCGACUGGAAAAGUGGGGUGGCUGUUGAGGACACGGAGAAGGACAACAUGGGGGCUGACCAUGGCAAGAAGAGGGUGCGCAUGGACAGCUACAACAGCUACUGCAACGCUGUGGCGGAAUCAACCCUGGCGGAAGGGCUAGAGGAGAGCCCGGUGUCGGUGGAGGUAGGGAUGGCUCACCGGAAGAGCAGCGAUGGAUCCCUGGAAGACUGCUGCGAGAAGGACAAGCCAGAGGUCUCCCAGCUCUUUCGGUUCCUCCAGAUCUUGACUGCUUGCUUUGGAUCCUUUGCUCAUGGCGGGAAUGAUGUCAGCAAUGCAAUUGGACCCCUGGUUGCUCUCUACCUAAUUUAUCAAUCUGGUGAAGUUGCCUCAAAUACUCCAACCCCUAUCUGGCUGCUCCUGUAUGGAGGAGUGGGCAUCUGUGCUGGUCUCUGGGUCUGGGGAAGGAGAGUGAUCCAGACCAUGGGAAAGGACCUCACCCCCAUCACUCCUUCCAGUGGCUUCAGUAUUGAGUUGGCAUCUGCUUUGACUGUGGUGCUUGCUUCAAACAUCGGACUUCCCAUCAGCACAACGCACUGCAAGGUUGGCUCUGUCGUGUCCAUUGGCUGGCUGCGCUCCAAGAAGGCUGUUGACUGGCGCCUGUUCCGUAACAUCUUCCUGGCCUGGUUUGUCACUGUGCCCAUCUCUGGGCUCAUCAGUGCAGCCAUCAUGGCCCUCUUCAAAUAUGUCAUCCUGGAUUCCUGAGUGUGCUAACAGGGGGGUUCAUGCAAAGUUCACCUUAGAAAAGGGAGAUCUUCAGUCUGACAGCAGAGCAGCUGAGGUGGACAAAGGAGGAGGGACUGCUGUCUUUUAUGGAAGAUUAUUUCAGCUUCAGCUCUGUAUUCUUGCUAUAUUACUGUGCUUUUAACUUAUCGGUGUAUUAAGACUGCCAUAAGCGUAUGUAUGCUGUACAUAAUUGCUAGUAAAUUCCCAACCCCUCCCAAAACAACAAGUUCCUUCACAUUCUGUAAUUUAUGUACAUAUUUUUAUUUUUUACACUUGUGU